GCAACUUUUUUAUUGUCGAGAGAUCAAGCGACAAACCACUAGCAUAUACGUCGAGUGCAUCAACUAAAGAUUUGUUGCCAUAGUACGGGAUCAACUUUCCACCGCCGAUAUUACCCAAUUUAUAUACACAAAUAUACAAAAUGCCUGCCCCUACUGCUCUCAAGCAGGCCGAGGACACUCCGCUGCCCGAGGCCACUGCCCCUCAGGACGCCGCCGGUGAUGAAUUUCUUCUCGACACUGCCGAACCCAUGUCUGAUGCGAUCGAGUUCAUCUCUCCCGAAGAUCCUGAAGGCGAUGAGUCCAUGGCUGUUGACGAGGAAGGUCGUCCUCGCUUCGCCCCCGCCAAGGACAUUGAUCCUGUCACUCGCGUCGAAACCCGCAAAGUUCCUAUCCCUCCUCACCGUAUGACCCCGCUUAAGCAGGCAUGGCCCCAAAUCUACCCUCCCCUGGUCGAACAUCUCAAGCUGCAGUGCCGUAUGAAUAUUAAGCGCAAGAGCGUUGAGUUGCGUACCUCGAAGCAUACCAAUGACACUGGGGCUCUUCAAAAGGGCGAGGACUUCGUUAAGGCAUUUACACUCGGCUUUGACGUUGAUGAUGCUAUUGCGCUGCUACGUUUGGACGACCUUUAUAUCGAAACCUUUGAGAUUAAGGACGUGCGAACAAUGCAUGGUGACAGUCAGGCCCGCGCUAUUGGACGUAUUGCAGGCAAGGAUGGCAAGACCAAGUUUGCUAUUGAAAACGCCAGCAGAACGAGAGUUGUCCUCGCUGACUCUAAGAUUCACAUUCUUGGUGGCUUCAAGAAUAUCCAUAUGGCUCGCGAGUCCAUUGUCAGCUUGAUUUUGGGUAAGCCUCCUGGCAAGGUCUAUGGUAACCUGCGCACAGUUGCUGCCAGAAUGAAGGAGCGCUUCUAAGCGGAUUGAUGAGUACAUAUAAAAAUUACAGGUGGCAUGGAUGGCAUGGACGGAGUUCUCUGGCGUUGAGCAUUAACAAUUUCCCUGGGCCUGCUCUCGAUUUCCUCUUUUUUUGGUUUAUAAAGAUUAGCAUAAAUGAAAUCCAUUACGACUCAUUUGGAACUUCGUCGACACGGCGUGACUACAAACUGCUGCUCCGGUUUAGGAGACUAGGUUGCCAAGGGCGUGACGGUAAUUUACUACGAAAGGCGCAUGUUACAUCCGUCUAAGAUACAAUCGGCGUAAUAGCCACCAUAUCAUACCUAGUAAGCAUGCUCACCGUAGCAAGGCUUAUCGUUAUCUGUCGCAUUGAAAGAUUGGCUGAUUGGCCAGGGAGUCCAUAUAUGACACCCUCCAGAAUGUAUUGUGUCUGUACCAGCGUCAUAUCUUUCUAGAUAAACAUGGUAACGAUAAUUGCCGCUCAUACUCAGUUAAGAUAUAUAGAUUGCCCACGGGGUUGAGCUGGGUAGUUCUUAUAGGCUGUGGUGAGAAGAAGACGCUGG